GACUGAUGUCAUCUCCUGCUGUCCUGUGUGCAGGUGGACCGUCACCUGCGCAAACUGGACCAGGAACUGGCCAAGUUCAAGAUGGAGCUGGAGGCCGACAACGCCGGCAUCACAGAGAUCCUCGAGAGGCGGUCGUUAGAGAUGGACAGUCCGUCUCAGCCCGUCAACAACCAUCAUGUCCACUCCCACGCCACCGCUGAGAAGAGGAAGUACAGCGCUCCGACUCAUCACACCACAGAACACGUUCCAGAGAAGAAGUUUAAGUCUGAAGCUCUUCUGUCCACGCUGACCUCAGACGCCUCCAAGGAGAACACGCCAGGUUGCCGUACCAACAGCACGUCCUCGUCCACCAACAACGUGUACAGCGUCAACUCGUCUCAGCCUCUGGCCUCCUACAACCUCAGCUCUCUGCCGGCGGGGCCCGGGGCCGGAGCGGGGGCCAUCACCAUGGCUGCCGCUCAGGCUGUACAGGCCACCGCACAGAUGAAGGAGGGCCGCAGGACGUCCAGUCUGAAGGCGAGCUACGAGGCCAUCAAGAACAACGACUUCCAGCUGGGCCGAGAGUUCGCUCUGAGCCGGGACAGCAGCGGGUACUCCUCCUCCGCUCUGGCCUCCACCCUCACCCAGACCCUCACCCCCACCACCACCUCCGACUCCCGGGGACGCAAGUCCAAGUACGACACUCACACACACUCACACUCAUUCACUCACACAUACACACUCACACUCACACACACUCUCACACUC